UUGAGUUUGUGUAUGUGAACACAAUCUAUUUUCUCCCGCCACAAAUUCACCCAAAAACCUAGUUUAGAUCUAUCUAUCUAUCUAUCUAUCUACUACAUCUCCCUCUAAUUAUAGAUCUGUUCAAAGUGUAACUGAAAACAUGUCUACGCCCUCUACUUUUACUGCUGCCGAGAUGGAGUUUUUAGCGGAGGAUGAAAUGAUCCAGAUUGUUCCAAAUCUUAAUAUGAAGCCCCUUACUUUUAUUUGUGGAGAUUUUGGUCCAUUUACGUCGCGGGUACCAAUUGAAGUACCGAUAUGGUUGGCGAUCGCGCUGAAGAAGAGAGGGAAAUGCACUAUCCAGCCUCCAGAAUGGAUAUCUCUUGAAAAGCUGACUCAAGUUUUGGAGGCAGAGCGUGACUCUGCAGGCUCGUUUGAAGCGUUACCAUUUCAUUAUGUUGAGAUCUCAAGGCUUCUUUUUGACCAUGCUCGUGAUGACAUACCUGAAGUAUAUAUGGUAAGGUCUCUUAUUGAAGAUAUUAAAGAUGUAAGGUUUCAUAAAAUUGGUGCUGGAUUAGAGAAGGUUUCAACUUGGACAUUUGCAAUGAAGUUAAAUUUAUCUGCAAUGGAAGUAAAUGUAAUAAGGCCCUUUGUUACUGGAGGGCUAGAAACAUUUUUCAAACUUGGGAACCCAGAUAUGAUCCACGACACGGAGAGACAAGAACAUAGACGAACCCAAGCAGCUGAUCGGGGACCAAGGCGUGAGUUGAGACGAUAAAAACUUCUUCAACCUUAUCCAUCAGAAGUGAGGUUCAGAAUUAAGCAAGGAAGGCUCUGCUAGUCAAUAAGUUGAUUUCUACAUGUUGAUGUCAGUCAAGAGUUGACUCAAACUCCUUUUCGGUUCACCAAAACCGAACUGGGUUUUAAAAAUAUUCUGAUAUUAAGAAAGGAUAAGUAUGUUACAUUUAAUUACCAUGUUUUAACGUAUUUCUUCCAACA